AUGCUGCUUCCACGAUUGACUCAGAGAGCCAAUUGCUCAUUGCGGGCUACAAGAAGAACAUCACAAUAUAUCCGUUCAAUCUCAUCAACUUCCUCCUUCCGCGCACAAAAUGACGAACCUCGCCUUAACAAGGUCUCUGCGACCAUCACCCAGCCAAAAUCCCAGGGAGCUUCGCAAGCCAUGUUAUACGCAACCGGCAUCACAGACGAGGGAUUGAGUAAAGCACAAGUAGGAAUAUCCUCAGUAUGGUAUUCAGGAAACCCGUGUAAUAUGCAUCUUCUGGAUCUCAACCACAAAGUGAAGGAAGGUGUUGAGAAAGCGGGGCUGAUUGGAUAUCAAUUCAACACCAUUGGUGUAUCUGAUGGAAUUUCAAUGGGCACCAAAGGAAUGCGAUACAGUCUUCAAUCAAGAGACCUGAUUGCAGAUAGUAUCGAGACUGUUAUGGGAGGACAAUGGUACGAUGCCAACAUCUCGAUUCCAGGAUGCGACAAGAAUAUGCCAGGAGUUAUGAUGGCGAUGGGUCGUGUCAACCGUCCUAGUCUUAUGGUUUACGGAGGAAGUAUCAAGCCAGGUUGUGCUAAAACCCAGAACAAUGCGGAUAUCGAUAUCGUGUCUGCUUUCCAAGCUUAUGGUCAAUUUAUCACGGGCGAGAUUACUGAGGAAGCACGUUUCGAUGUUAUCAGACAUGCCUGCCCUGGUCAAGGAGCAUGUGGAGGUAUGUACACAGCCAACACGAUGGCAACGGCAAUUGAAGUUAUGGGUAUGACUUUACCUGGAUCAUCAUCAAAUCCUGCCGAUUCGAAAGCCAAAUACAUGGAGUGUCUUGCUGCUGGUGGCGCCAUUCGUAAAUUGCUUGUGGAAGAUAUCCGGCCAAGAGACAUUAUGACACGUCUGGCCUUUGAGAACGCCAUGAUUGUGGUCAACAUUACUGGCGGAUCUACAAAUGCAGUUCUUCACCUGAUCGCUAUCGCUGACAGCGUUGGCAUUAAACUUACAAUUGACGACUUCCAGGCUGUAUCAGAUCGAACUCCUUUCUUGGCGGACUUGAAGCCAUCUGGAAAAUAUGUCAUGAACGACCUCUACAACAUCGGAGGAACGCCCGCUCUUCUCAAAUUUCUUUUGAAGGAGGGCGUGAUUGAUGGGUCCGGUAUGACUGUUACUGGACAGACUCUCGCCAAGAAUCUCGAAGCUGCCCCAGACUUCCCUGCUGAUCAGGAUAUCAUCCGUCCAUUUUCAAAACCUAUCAAGCCAACUGGCCAUAUUCAGAUCCUUCGUGGCUCACUCGCACCAGGUGGAUCUGUAGGAAAGAUUACUGGUAAAGAAGGAUUACGGUUCGUAGGAAAAGCGAAAUGCUACAACGAUGAGGACGACUUUAUUGCCGCACUCGAGGCUGGUGAGAUCAAAAAGGGUGAGAAGACCGUUGUUGUCAUCAGAUACGAAGGGCCAAAAGGUGGACCAGGUAUGCCUGAGAUGUUGAAGCCAUCCUCUGCUAUCAUGGGAGCUGGUCUUGGUAACGAUGUUGCCUUGAUCACUGAUGGACGUUUCUCUGGAGGAUCUCACGGCUUCUUAAUCGGACACAUUGUACCAGAGGCUCAAGAGGGUGGACCAAUUGGAUUGGUCAGAGACGGUGACAAGGUCAUCAUUGACGCAGAAACCCGCGUUCUCGAUUUGGAAGUUGGUCCAGAGGAGUUGGCCAGGCGGACAAAGGAGUUCAAGGCACCACCUCCGAAGUAUACGAAGGGUACUUUGGCGAAAUACGCGAAGCUGGUGAGCGACGCCAGUCAUGGAUGUGUAACUGAUGGCCCGAUAUAA